AUGGCACUUACUGGAAACAAUCCUCAACUGAUUACUGAGCUUCUACAGUCUCUUAAUGAAGAGUUUCAUAUGAAGGAUCUGGGACAGCUCAGCUACUUCCUUGGUCUACAGACUCAUUAUCACCCUGCAGGUUUGUUUCUAAAUCAACAUAAGUAUGCAGAGGAUUUAAUCUUGGCGGCUGGCAUGGCUGAUUGUGCUCCAACAUCCACACCACUACCUCUCGAACUCCAAAAUGUCAAAUGGCUGGAAGACCUUUUUGAUCAGCCUACUCUUUUUUGCAGUCUGGCUGAAAAAUUGCAAUAUCUCACUCUUACUCGCCUAGAUAUACAGUUUGCGGUCAACCCUUUUUGUCAACGUAUGCACGCUCCUACUGUUGCUGACUUCAGUCUGCUCAAGCGAAUAAUUCGCUACAUCAAAGGUACUGUCGACUAUGGUAUCUCCUUCUCAAAGAAUGCUGAUUUCACCUUAAGAACUUAUAGUGACAGUGACUACGCCGGUUGUCAAACUACCAGUCGCUCUACCGGAGGGUUCUGUACUUUUCUCGGAGACAAUCUCAUUUCCUGGUCUGCAAAACGGCAAACAUCAGUUUCUCGCAGCUCCACUGAAGCAGAGUAUCGUUGUUUGUCAGAUACUGUAGCAGAGGUGAAUUGGUUAAAGGAUCUGCUGGAGAACAUUGGCAUGCCUCUCAAACAUGCUCCUGAAUUGUAUUGCGACAACCUGUCUGCAGUAUAUCUCUCAGCAAAUCCGACACUUCACAAGAAGACUAAACACUUUAAAGUUCACUAUCACUAUGUGAGAGAACAGGUUGCAGAGGGAUCUAUGGUCGUCUAUCACAUUCCUGCAACUCAUUAG